AUGGAGCUAGAAUUCUUGAACAGGUUCUAUAGCACUCGUCGCAUCAUGAGUAUGAUGGAACUCACAAAUACCAAAAAAUGGAAAGAUGAACCUGUCAUCGAUUACAUCAAUCGGUGGAGCUCGUUAAGCCUAGAUUGCAAGGAUAGACUUUUGGAGAUAUCGACAGUUGAGAUGUGCAUUCAAGGGAUGCAUUGGGGGUUACUCUACAUUCUACAAGGGAUUAAACACUGCACAUUUGAGGAACUAGCCACUCGUGCCUAUGAUAUGGAGUUAAGUAUCGCUAGCCACAGAGGAAAGCAUGAGCCCGUCAUGGAGCAUAAAAAGGAGAAAGUCUUUGGACAAAAGACAGAUAAGCCUAUCAAGAAGCCUACCAAGGAAGCAAUGACAAUCAACAUUGUCCCGGUCAAAAUCUCCACCCAAGAUAAGAAGAGAGAGGUCAAAAGGAUUGAGCCAUCCCGAGAGGUGGAUAGACUUCGACGCACCUUGAAGGAGUUGGAGGAAAAAAUGUACCGUUUCCCUGACUCCGAUGUCGCAGGUACGCUUGAGGACUUCUUUGAAAAGAAGGUGAUCGAAUUGUUGGAAUAUAAGUGGCUUGAGGAGAUGAACUGGGUUAACGACCCUAAGUUUUGCAAAUACCUCCGAAUUGUCAGCCAUCUAGUAGAUAAGUGUUUCGUUUUGAAAGAGCUAAUUAUGAACUUAGCUAGGCAAGGAAGGAUAGAGUUGGAUGUUGACGAAAUUGCAGAUGCGAACGUUGCCACAAUUGUGUUCGGAUCUUUUGAUCCGGUGCCGUUGCCUACAUUGUCGAAAAGAUUGGAGUUUCAAUCAACAAGGGGUAUACACUAG